AUGAUUGGCCACACAGUACUCCUGGAGGCUGACGUGGACAUUGCUGCCAUCCUCGCCACUCACGGCUUCGCUCCCACCAAUCACGCGCUGCCACGCGAGCGUGGCGAGCGUUCGGUUGUUGCGAACAGCAACGAGGCAGCCACUCAGCGAGAGGCACAGGAGGGUGUGAUUGGACGAGACGGAGAGGCGGCCCUCAUUGGGCGAGAAGGAGAGGAGGUAGCAGGAGGGGAGCCUUCUGCAGCUGUUCCGACCCAGGCGUUGCGGGGAGGUGGGGGAGCUGGGGGGUCUGAAGCUCCUCUGCGAGAGCAGAAGGACUUGCAGGCAGUUGAAGGGCAGAAGAUGGGGGAUCGUACAGAGGAUGGGAGUGGGAGGGGCGAAGGAGACGGUGAGGGGGAGAGACGGCAAGGUGAAGCGAGGAGGAGGAGGAGGAAAAGGAAGAGCGGGAGGCAGCUGAGGGGGAGGGAGCUGGAGCGGCUGUAUGAGGAGGUUGGGCGAAGCAUGGACACGUGGCGGACGCUGGUGUCGCCACUGGUGGUGGGCGAAGGCAACCUGCAGCUCGUGCAGCAAGAGUCUUCUUUUCUUCCUUCUGUCUCCGCUAUCCGCUGGUCUCAGCUCAAUUGUGACUUGAUUGAAGCGUGCUGUUUGCUGCCUGACGCACGGCAUCUACUGAUUCGCACUCUCUUACCCGACUCCAUUCUCCUUUCUCCUUCCUCCGCUGUCUGUCACCCCCCCUGUGUCCCUCCCUUUCUGUCCCGCCCUCUCUGCCCCUCCCUCUCCGCCCCUCCCUCUCUGUCCCGCCCUCUCUGCCCCUCCCUCUCUGUCCCGCCCACUCUGCCCCUCCCUCUCUGUCCCGCCCUCUCUGUCCCUCCCUUUCUGUCCCACCCUCUCUGCCCCUCCCUCUCCGCCCCUCCCUCUCCGCCCCUCCCUCUCUGUCCCGCCCACUCUGCCCCUCCCUCUCCGCCCCUCCCUCUCCGCCCCUCCCUCUCUGUCCCGCCCACUCUGCCCCUCCCUCUCUGCCCCUCCCUCUCCGCCCCUCCCUCUCUGUCCCGCCCACUCUGCCCCUCCCUCUCUGCCCCUCCCUCUCCGCCCCUCCCUCUCUGUCCCGCCCUCUCUGUUCCGCCCUCGCUGGUCCCCGUCCUCGCACCACCAGCAGGCCCAGCAUCCCAAUCGCAGUGUGCUCUGUACAUGAGGGGAUUCAAGUGUCGCUGUCUUGCGCACCCCAGCUUCUGGCUCCAGGAAUCUCUGGCAGAGCUUGUGGAAAGCUUUGGUCAUGUCAAGGCGUCGCCCCGUGCCUUAUACGAGCUGCUCAAAGAGGGGGGGCCCGCGCUAGUGUUCCCUGGGGGCUCCAAAGAGACGUGCCGCCUCAAGGGUGAGAGGUAUCAGCUGAGGUGGGGAAUUGGCGAGGGCAACAGAGGCAGCAGCGGCGGCAGUGGCGACGGUGGCAUGAUGCGCAUGGCAGCGAAGCUCAACGCCAUCAUUGUGCCCUUUGCCAUGGUCGGCGCUGACGACGCUUUUGACAUUGCUCUAGACCGGAACGACCUGCUGGCCUCUCCUCUGGGAAAGCCCUUCCGCUCCGUGUACGAGUCGCUCAGCCUUGAUCCAGACACUGAUAUAAGCCCUGUCACAACCCUUCCCGGCACCAGCCUCCCGAGUCUAAUUCCCCUUCCCAGUCGCCUGGAGAGAGUGUAUUUCUACUUCGGCACACCAAUUGACUUCAAGAACCUUCCACCAUCUGCAAUAAAGGUGCAUGGUGCGGCAUGCAGUGGAGAAGGGUAUCAACCACCUGCUGACGUUGAGAGAGACCGAUCCG